AACAGAUAACACGAAACCUGUUACAAUUCCUGCUGCCUCUUGCAAAACCUGCAGGAGCAAAGCUGAAAAAAAAUAUGAGUAAGACAACUGGAGAUCCUCUGAAAGCUGUUGGGGUUGAUUUUCUCAAGGAUGACAACACCCAUCUUCAUCAUACCAAGGAGUUUUCCCAUAGUAGCCUAAUUGUGAGACGUGGGCAGGAAUUUCAGCUAAAAGUGACAUUUAGCAGGGAGCUGCAAGACAAUGACAAAGUCAUUCUACAGCUGAGCAUUGGUGAAACACCAAUGCCAUCCAAUGGGACUUUCAUAACCCUGAAUGCAAGGGCACAACAAGAUGCUCAACCAUGGCAUGCUAACAUUUGCCAAACAAAUGGGAAGGAGUGUCUAAUAGCUGUAACCAGCCCAGCUGAUGCAAUUAUUGGAAAAUAUCUUCUGAAAGUGGAUACAGGAUCUAAUAUUUAUAGUCCUACUCAGAAUUUUAUCUAUGUUUUGUUUAAUCCUUGGUGUCAAGCGGAUUAUGUUUUUAUGCCGGAUGAUGAUGAAAGAACUGAGUACAUCCUCAAUGAUACUGGCUACAUUUAUGUAGGAUCAGUAGCAAAUAUUCAUGGAAGGCCAUGGAAUUUUGGGCAGUUUGAAGAUGAUAUUUUGGAUUGCUGUAUGUACCUUCUGGACAAAAGUCAGCUCAAGCCAAGUGCUAAAAAGGAUCCGGUGAUCAUCUCCAGAGUCAUGUCAGCUUUGGUUAAUUGUGACGAUGAUUGUGGAAUUCUGCUUGCAAACUGGUCAGGACGUUAUAUUGGUGGCACAGCUCCUUUGGCCUGGACAGGAAGUGUCCCAAUUUUGCAACAAUAUUACAAGACACAGACAAGUGUCCUAUAUGGUCAGUGUUGGGUUUUCUCUGGAGUGGUUACCACAGUUAUGCGCUGUCUGGGGAUUCCAUGCAGAAGUAUAUCAAACUUUGCUUCAGCUCAUGAUACAGAGGAAAACCUUAAAGUGGACAUUUAUUUGGAUGAAAAAGGAAGAAAAAUAGAUUCAUUAACAAAUGAUUCAGUUUGGAACUUUCACGUAUGGAAUGAGGUCUGGAUGAAAAGAAUAGACUUGCCCAGUGGCUUUGAUGGUUGGCAGGCAAUUGAUGCCACACCUCAGCAAAGGAGCGAAGGAAUUUUCCAGUGUGGCCCAAGCCCAGUCAAGGCCAUCAGAAAUGGAGAAGUCUACCUUCCCUAUGAUUCUAAGUUUGUGUUUGCAGCAGUGAAUGCAGACAAGAUCUUUUGGUGUGUAAAGAAUGAGAAGAACACAAAAGACUGUGUCAAGCUGUGGGAAGAAAAUAAGGCAAUAGGGAAAAAAAUCAGCACUAAAGCUGUUGGGAAGAACAUCCGUGAAGACAUCACUACCCAAUACAAAUUUCUGGAAGAUACUCACGAGGAAAGAAAAGCUGUGGAAACUGCUUAUUCCUACCUUUCAAAACUUCCAAGCCAUGAAUCUAUAUCUAACCCACUGAAGACAAACCUGAAACUUGGGGUAGAAAAAAAAUAUACUUUGUGGCCUGGACAGCCAGUUGACCUGAACCUCAUUGUAGAGAAUGAAUCUGUGGGGAGUUGGAGUGGCUGCCUUUUUGCUUCUUGCCAGCUUGAAUCUUACACUGGGAAAGUGUAUGCAGACCUUUCAACAAUCAAGCAGAUGGUCCAGACUGAAGGCAAACCAGUUAUUCAAAUACCUUGGAAAAUAUCAGCUGAUACUUACAUGCAAACAGUUAUGUCUACUGAAGAUGAACUUCUGAUCAAAGUCAAUGUUAUUGCUGAAAUUCAAGAAACCAAUGAAAAAAUCACAAAACAGAUUAUUUUAAAUUUUGAGCACCCACCUCUCAAAAUUGAGAUGGCAGAUACUGCAAAGGUUAAUCAAGAUUUUACCUGUGCAUUUAUUUUCAAGAAUACAUUAUCCAUUCCAUUGGAAAACUGCAAGUUGUAUGUAGAAGGCCUGGGCAUUUUUAUAAUGGAAGUAUUUGAUCAAGGGGACAUACAACCUGGUAAAAUCUUUAAAUCCAAAAUAGUGUGUGCUCCAAAGAAGAGUGGACUGAAGAAGAUAGUGGCCAAACUGAAUUCUACCCAGCUAAAAGAAAUAACCGCGGAAAAGAUUAUUUCCAUCAUUGAAUAGUGGUGACGGUAUUCUCAAAGAUCAUCACUUGGUGGCACUAGAGAUAUAUGUUAUCAUUCAAGUCUCUAGAUUUUGCUUGCAGCCUUGAUUGUGGCUGAAAAGAUUAUAAAAGAAUUUAAGUAGCUUCAGGAGAUUACUAUUUUGAUUUUAUCUAGUGAAUAUUUAAUAGGUUAUUGAAAUAUGCUUUUAUGUUUGCAGAAUUCUGAUAAUUUAUAACCACUAAAGCCAUGAUAUGUGAAAUCUGGAAUCAGAAGGAAUUAUCUUUGUCUUCCUUCCUGGCAAUAUUUAUGCCUUCUCUUCUCAUUUUAUAAUUUGUAACUGUUCCUCACUGUAGUCUAAUUGCUAAUAUAUGCAACGUUACAAAGCUGCAUACAUUUUAUGUUCUUUCAUUUAUAAUAUGUUAAGUAGUAUUUGAUAUAUUAGACUGGCUUCAAGCUUACUUUCCAUGACUAAUGUAACUAACACAGAUUUCAAUAUUCUUUUCUACACAUGUAUACUCUAUGAACAUGAUUAAUUAUGAAGCACAAAUUAGUUCCUAAAAAUUCUUUAAGUGUUUAUAUCACCAAAAGUAAAUUAUGUUUCCUAAUUCAAAGUAUAUCUCCAUAUACUGUACUUUCUCUACCACUUCUAGUUAUGAAUUAAUAGUUCCUAUUCAAUAAA